AUGGCCGAAUACUGGACCCAGGAGGAGCAGCAGGUGGCGCGACGAGCGCAGGCGAAUAAGAAACCGAUUUCUUCCCUCGGAACCGUGGGGCACCCCAUCAGCUGCAGCGAGCCUUGCUUGCUAGCGUGGAGUGAAGGUGGAUGUCCAGCAGGCAGCAGCUGCAGGAGGUGUCAUCGCUGCACACCCGGAGCCUUGGGAGCCUUGCCGGCUCCCAGAGUGCAG